CCCAACCAGCUGGGUGUGAACCAUCUCAACACACAAGAGCUAGCUUUACAGAUCAAUACUCAACAUUACAGAUGGAGACAGUGAGAAGCAUGGUGAGUAAUAGGCCACUGGUGAUAUUCAGCAGGAGCAGUUGCUUCAUGAGUCAUACUGUGAUGACACUCAUUAGCAACUCUGGUGCAAACCCUACUGUCUAUGAGCUUGACCAGAUCCCUAAUGGACUCCAAAUUGAGAGGGAAUUGACACAACUUGGGUAUAACAAUGUCCCAGUUGUGUUCAUUGGACAACAGUUGGUUGGAGGAGAGCAGCAAGUCAUGAGUCUUCAUAUGAGGAAGGAGCUUCUCCCUCUUCUCAAAAGGGCUGGUGCCAUUUGGCUUUGAAUCAUCUAUCUAUCUAUAUAUAUAUGUGUGUAGUAUGUGAGGAUCUUCUAUAUUAUCAGAUAGUGAGAGUCUCUUGUAUAUCUAAUUAGUAAUUACUUUUUGCUUUAUGGGGGGUGAUGAUGAUCACCAUUACAUUCAUCUCCCUCUUGUAUUACAUAUACGGAAAUCCAGUUGCAAAAGUUGAGGCAAA